AUGCAACUGACUGAGCUUCCACCAAAAUCAAGCAGGAUGGCUCAAGUUCCUCAUCAGGGCGGCUUGCACUACAUUGAGCUCAUCAAAACAAACCUCCAGUUCAUCCACGGCAAAGACUGCCUCUUCCAAAUCCUCUCCCAAGUCAAGGCCCUCGACGACCACUGGCAAGUCAGCGUCCUCAAGACGGACGAGACCGGCAGCAGCAGCCCCCGGUCCAUCGUCUUAUUCGACGACUCCGGCCCAGGCCUCGUCGCCGCGCUGGCGAAGCUGCACCGGCGGUCGGCGGAGAUGCUGGCCGCGUUCCUCGCGGACAACGCUGGCGAUGCGAGCGCGUACAUGAGGCGCAAGGAGGCCGAGGCGCUGUCGAAGAAGACGACGGACGAGCAGCCGAAGAAGAAGAAAAAGAAGGAAGUGGAGAGGUCCAGGAACGGAGUGGAAAAGCCGCAGAGUGAUGACGAUGACGACGAGGUGAAGACGCCUACUGCUGUCCAGGUUGCUGUCGUCGCCAAGGCGGUUGGUGGCCUUUCGGCGGAUGGGCAGAGGCCGCUGCGCAUGAGCGCGAGGAGCCCUCCGCCGCCUCUGGAGGAGAAGAAGAAGAAGAAGAAGAACGGUUGGGAGCGUGUUGCUGCGCCGUGUCGCUUCAGGGGGUGGAGGUCGCCGAGUCCGCCUCCUUGCGAGGAGGAUUACGAGCCUGUGUCGAGGUACGAGGACAGCAGUCUUCGGCCCAGGGGCAUCAUCUGCCCCAACUACGGGCCGGCGAGCGCCUUUUACCGCGUGCCUGACGUCCGCACCGAGCUUGCGUAUUGGCCGAGUGCCAGGGUGGCCAAGGCCCCGGAGGACAACAAGGUCGAGGUGGGCAAGCCCGCGGCUGGAGACUCGGCUUGUCCCCCGGCUCCGGCUGCUGCUUCUUCUGCUACUGCUGCUGCUCUGACUGCUGAAGCUAUCAAGACUCUGGCGCCUCAGCCUCCGCACAAGACGGAGUCUGACAAGGAGAAUAUGGAGAGUACGUUGCCUGCCGUGUCCACGCAGGCCGAAGAAGACGUGGCCCAGAUCAAGCGCAUCGACAAGAAGAGCGUCCUCCUCUACAUCUCCUGGCCCUCCUACGGCUCGACCAUUGUCGCGGACCAGUGCGAGCUCAGCGUGCGCUCGCUCCAGAGCCGCGUGCGCCACAUGCUGCGCUCCAACGGCCCGGCGCUCUUUGGCGAUGCCCUCCUCGGCGCGGAGCCGCCGGUCGUGUUUGGGCCGGACGAGGUGCCUUCGUUUGUGGUGCAGAUCAAGGGGCUGAGGGAUGACGAAGUGUUGUGA